AUGAGCGAGUCGACAGAGCCGGUCCAUGACGGCGUUGACGAGUUCGUGGUGGCUCCCAUUCGCGUGUCUCUCCUCGCCACCAUCGACGACGAGAACACUGCCUACAAAGACCCGAACAAGACGGAUCGCUAUUCUCUCUUCGAAGCCAGGACCGUCGACAUAUGGGAGACGGUCGGCCGAGGUGCGCAGGUCGUGGAUCGAAGUUACCCGCUGUCGCGGCGACUUCCCCCGGACCUGUUCGAGGCGUAUCACCCCUCGAUCCCACCGCGCGGAAGCCGUCUAGCUCUUCGCCUCCUGUGCACGCGGCCGGCGCUGGGGGUGAAUCAGACGGCCAAGCACGAUGACACGGGACCCCCGGGCGAUCGACAGAUCAACUAUCUCCCCUUCCUCGCUGCGGACGUGCAGGAGCCGGUCCAUCAGUGGGAUCUCAAUCGCGAAUACACCUGGAUGAGGCUGCACGCGCGAGAAGUGGGAAAUUUUCAGCGCAGGACGGUCUGGAGCUUUGAUGUCGAGCCUCCCAGGGCGCUCCGAAUGGGACUGGUCAUCCACUUCCCCUUCGUUCUCCGCCCAGCGCGGCGAGCAAAAUAUCUGACCGAGACGAAGGGCGGGCGCCGCGCCCCAGAAGCCUCGCGCCGAUCGCUCAAGUCGUCGAUGUACAACCCGCGGCGCGACGACCCGUUCCUGUGGUCGUUCGCCAUGUCUCACUCCCUGCGCGACGGCAAGACCCGGUGCCUCCUCGACGGCCUCACGGACUGGGCGAUCGGCGACGUCUCGCGCCGUCUCCUGAAGGCAAGCCAGCAGUGGUACGUGCACCCGCUGCACGUGCCCGUCAUCCUGCUCGGCAUCUUCUUCGACCACGCCGCCUGGGAGGUCAACCGGCUGUGCGUCGAGGUGGGCCACUUUGAGUCCCUGUCGCGCGCCGCGCAGAUCGGCUCGCUCGAGCACUUUGACAACAUCACCACACAGCUGCAGUACGUGCGUCGCAACCUGGACUUUUUGCGCUCGCUGGCAAAGUUCCUGCUCGAGACGAUGGAGUUCCUCGAGCAGAAGAUCUUCCUGCGCGAGUGGGACGGCGGCGGCACCAAAGGAGGUGGUGCCAAGGGAGGAGGCAGAGGAGGCGACGACACCUUCGCCUCGUACCGCACCUACGUCUACCAGACCAACCCGCACAUGGAGGAGAAAUUGAUGAACAUCUCGCAUUUGAUCGAGAACAACCUGUCCACGUGCCUGUAUCUGCAGGCGAGGACGAGAGAUGCUCUGGAUUUUAUCAAAGGCAAAAUCUCCCUCCGCGACAACGAAUCAGGCCGCGAGGACGCCGACUCCAACAAGACCAUGUCGUUCUUACAAAUGGUGUUUCUGCCCGCGACCUUCGUCGCCGCCAUCGUGUCCAUGAACUUCUUCGACCUGACCACCUCCCCGCCGCGGGUCAGCGGCUACAUCUGGAUCUUCUGGGUGGUCAGCCUCGGACUCACGGCGCUCGUGCUCGGGUUGUAUUUCUUCUGGCGGUGGAGGGGCAGGCUCAAAGCCCAAGACGAGCAAGCGGAGGCGCGGAGGCGUGAGAUGGCGCUCGGGUUUGAGGAGGAAGGGGGAGGGGGAGGGGAGAGUGGGUAUGGCACUGGGACUGGGACUGCGAGUGAGGAUGAGGAGGGAGGGGGGAGGAGGAGGAAGAAGCGGAGGAGGCGAAGAAGCAGAAGGGGGAGGAGGCAGGGAAGGCGGAUGAUGGCUAAUGAGGACAGCGCAGACGAUGGCUGGGGCGCCAUUACCACCGUGCAGAUGAAGGAAAAGGAGAAGCCCGAGUUGGUCAUGUAG